UCGUUACCUAGACUCCGAAUAUUAUUCAACAUGACAGAGUGUACAGUUUGCCAAAAUUGUAGUGAAAAUAUAAAUGAAUUAUCUUGCCAGCAUGUUUUCUGCAAUGAUUGUUUCGAUCAAUUUAUAGCGGGAAGUAUUGUGGAAUUAAGAUUCUUCCUUAGAUGUUGCGUUUGCGGUACUAGAACAAUACUUGUAAAGGAAUCGAAAAAUGAGUGUCCAAUACUCAAUUUUGGCCGAGAGGGAGUUGAAGUUUUACAAAAACCACUUUCUCUAGCGAGCAACGGAAAUUGUUUAACAAUAUCGGACAAAGAAACAAGUAGAGUUACUGUUUGGAAAGAUGGUGCCUUACUGAACAGUUUUCCCAUUAUUCAUCGAUCGAAUUUCUGCCAUGGCAUUAGUGUUGCAAAUGAUCGAAUUACUGUUGCAGUCGCCGAAAACCAAUUCACAGCUAUAUGCUCUUAUACAUUCUGUGGUAAAUUCAUGAUGGCCACUUACUUAUCAAGUUCUGUUUAUGUAACAACGAUUCAACAUAUACAAAAUCAUGAAAUAAUGAUCGGAGAUGCAGAGGGUCGACUCUACGUAAUUGGUAAGUCCGGCAAGGUCAAGACGGAGAAGCAGCUAGAAAAUUGCAAUUAUAUAGGAGGAUUAACAAAAUUAAUAACUGAUGAGAUAGCUAUUACAAAUACUCCUAAGCAUACUAUACAAUUCUAUGAUGAUCAAUUAGAAUAUCUAACAGCUACAGGAGGGUAUGGACAGCGAGCCGAACAAUUCAAUUUUCCUACAUCGAUCGAUUCUUGUCAUAAUAUUAUUGCUGUUGCUGAUACGGGUAAUAAGCGAGUACAAUUGUUGGAUAAACGUGGCAAUUUUAUUCGGUUUUUAGUUCGAUAUGUCGAUACGGUUGAUGUGUUUAUGCAACCAAUUGGGGUAACAUUUAUUCAAGAAUGUAUUGCUGUCAUGUUAGGAGGUGUAAACAGAACAAAGGCGGGAGAAGUACGAAUAUAUCAGCUUUAAAAAAAAUUAUAAAUAAUUGUAUUCAGUUUCAAUCAAGCUUAUCCAUUGCUUUCAAACGCUCCAACAGAGGAGGGUGUGAAAAAUAAAAAGCAGAAUAGAGACUAUCAGCAAUAGGAAAACCUAAAUUAUCUUUAUGCAAUUUGAUCAGAGCACUUUUGAGAUAUGCCGCUUGUUUCACGCUCUUAGCAAAAGCGUCUGCCUGAAAUUCGAAUCUCCUACUUAGAGCGGUCAUCAGAAAAGAAAACACCUGUUGAUAUGGCAAAUUAUCUUAUACUCAAUUUUCUUUAAAAAAAUAUGUAUGUAUACCUCAUUGUAAGGUGAAAAGAUAAACUGUAAGAUUAUUAUCAAUCCAAUAAUGGUUGGCAUUUCAUUCAUAAAUCCAAAUGACAUGAAUAUUUUUUU